GGUGUAAUAAGGUAUUACGCUCUUACAUUACGUUAGUGUGGGCUACACAUGUCAUUUGAACUUCAGCACAGCUCUCGGCAGUGUUCUGUGUGGAUAGAAAUGUGAUUUGCUUAGUGGGAUUGCCCUUCGAGGUUUGCUCCACCCAAAGAGGAUAUGGGCUGUUGGAGCAGGGACUGGGUUAUGUUGCCAAAAAAAAGAGCCGUUAGCUGAAGUUGCUGAACUACUGGAAAGCCAUGCCGAGAAGUUCGGGGGUAAAGUCCUAUGUGAGUUUUAAUCACAUGGCAUUUUAAGAAUGCUUCAAAGAUGGCGGUAGCUACAGUAAUUUCGGGGAACAGAGUACAAAAAAGUGGAUUUUUGGAGGUUUUAGUGAGGGACCGAUGGCACAAAGUUUUGGCUAACUUGAACGAAGAAGCUCUAACGCUGAGCUGCGAGGACCUGGGAGAGAAUGUGACCCUAAACGGCAUCACCAAUGGAUCUUACGGGUGCAACGCAUCUCACCCGGAUCACACAAACAGUCCGAAAACUGCGGUGAGGACAGCUUUCACGGAUUUACAGGACCAAGUCCCAGAGGCGAUUGCCAAUCGAAAAAGAUGUGUGAAAGUAAUAAAGCAAGAGGUAGGAGGACUCGGCAUCAGCAUAAAGGGAGGAAAAGAGAAUAAAAUGCCGAUACUUAUUAGUAAGAUCUUCAAAGGUCUGGCUGCGGAUCAAACCCAAGCCUUAUAUGUCGGUGACGCGAUUCUGUCGGUGAACGGUGUGAACCUGCGGGACGCUACGCAUGACGAGGCGGUGCAGGGGCUCAAACGAGCCGGGAGAGAGGUGACGCUAGAAGUGAAGUACAUGAGAGAAGCCACCCCCUAUGUGAAGAAGGGUUCUCCUGUGUCAGAGAUAGGCUGGGACGCCCCACCUGAGUCCCCGAGGCUGGGUAGCCCCCACUGUGACGUCCCCGUCACCCCCACCAUGUCCCUACAGGGGGACAGGAGGUACAUCCCCUUAAAGAUGUGUUACAUCACCAGGAGCAUGACUUCUCCAGACCCUGAAAACAGGCAGUUAGAGCUGCACUCUCCGGACGCCAAGCAUACUGUGGUGUUACGGUGUAAAGACACAGCCUCGGCCCAGGCCUGGUUCGAGGUCAUGCAGUCGGCGACCUCUAACCUCAUCAACAAGGUCAUCACAGAGGUCAAAGAGCACACAGGAAGAACAGGAAUCGCAGGGAGCAGAGAGAUCAGACAGCUGGGCUGGCUGGCUGAGAAGACAGAGAAUGAGAAGCAGCAGUGGAAGCCAGUGCUGGUGAUGGUGACAGAGAAAGACCUGCUCCUCUAUCACAGCCUUCCACGCAUGAAGGCAUCCUGGCACAGCCCUGCACACACAUACCCACUGUUAGCUACACGGCUGGUGCACUCUGGCCCAGACCGAGGCUCUCCCCAGCCGGGCGUGGAGCUGUCCUUCGCCACACGUACAGGAACCAGACUGGGUAUCGAGGCCCACCUGUUCAGAGCUGAAACCUGUCAGGACCUUUCACUGUGGACCAGGCACAUCGUUACGGGCUGUCACUCCUCUGCCCAGAUGAUCAAAGAAGUCACCACCAGCUGUGUAUACAAGGGCCAGGAGUGCAGGCUGGUGAUCCACUACGAGCAGGGCUUCUCUGUCCUGGCUGAGCAGAAGGGGGAGGACCAGGUGGACCAGGGGAACCAGAACCAGGCCAAACCUCUCCUUUGCUACCCCUUCGAACGCCUCAAGAUGUCCUCCGACGACGGGGUCCGGAUGCUCUUCCUGGAUUUCAGUGGAAAAGAGGGUGAAAUUCAGCUGGACCUCCACUCAUGCCCAAAGCCUAUUGUCUUCAUCCUCCACUCAUUCCUCUCGGCAAAGAUCGCCAGACUCGGCCUGGUAGCAUAAAGGAUCUGUUUACCACCGACGGACCACAAGGACUGAACUGUUCCAGAGUUCUAGAGUGGAGUGUCCCGGAGUUCCACAGUGGAGUGUACAGAACAGAGGCGAACAUGGCUUAUAACUGAAAUACGAGAACAAGGACUGUGAUGUGCAGUGAACUAGACACAGGAUCUACCCUGAUUCAAAGUCCACACAAACAGCUCAAAAUGAAUGGAUCAUGUUUCAAAAACUUGAUUGAGUUGAUUUGUAUAUUUAUAGAAACACAUGCAUUACCGAUGACAUCAUAGUGAGAGCGUAAAAGAUCAGUUACAGCAGAAGAAAUUGUUUUGUUCAAAUCGUUAAGCUGUAGAAGAACAAUAAUCUAUUGUUUUGGUACUAAAAACAUACUGGAAGUAUUAUCUAUCUAGCAUCCAUCCAUCCUACGCUAAUUGUUUAUUCGGCAAUCUCUGUCUGCAAAUAAUUCAGCGAUUACUGUUAACUUAUAUUAAAAAGUUACGGUGAAAAAGCUAGUAAAGGCUGCUUGAAAAUUUGAAUUGUCCUAUGCCUUUGGCAGCUAUUAUAAUUCAAGGAUUAGUUUUAUUUUAACUCUGUUAAUGAUGCACAUAAAUGACAUAUUUCUGGA